AUGCCACCAAAAAAAGCAGUUAAAGAAGAAAAAAUUUUAUUAGGAAGGCCGGGUAACAAUUUAAAAAUUGGCAUUGUGGGCAUGCCAAAUGUUGGAGUGGCAGUACCAGACGCUCGGUUUGAUUGGUUAUGUGAAAUCUAUAACCCAGCAUCCAAGGUGCCGGCUUAUCUUACUGUUAUUGACAUUGCAGGGUUAGUUAGAGGUGCGGCUUCUGGUGAAGGAUUGGGUAAUAACUUUCUCAGUCAUAUUCAAGCCGUGGAUGCUAUUUUUCACGUUGUCCGGGCAUUUUCCGAAGAGGAUGUUACUCAUGUUGAGGGAGAACUUGAUCCUGUAAGAGAUUUAGAAAUUAUUCAUCAUGAACUUCGUCUUAAAGAUGAAGAAUUCCUCACCAAAAAGGUUGAAAGUCUGGAAAAAUUGACGGCUCGCGCAGGGAAAGGCGGAGGUGCAGCAGAUAAGGCAAAAAAGGAAGAAUUGGAAAUUAUACAAAAAGUGCUUAACUUGGUAAAAGAGGAGAAGAAGGAUGUCAGAAAAGGUGAUUGGAAUAAUAAGGAAUUAAAUGAAUACCUUUAUAUUAGGUUAGCAAAGAUCAAAGCAUGGAUUGAUGAAAACAACCCUGGAGAUUUAUUACUCCCUAUGAGUGCAGCCCUUGAAUAUCGUCUUUCAACUCUAGAAAACAACGAAGAAAGAGAAGCGUUGCUAAAAAGUUUAGAGACCCAAUCAGCACUACCACGUAUUAUCGUUACAGGAUACCAAGUACUUCAAUUGAUAUAUUUUUUCACCUGUGGACCAGACGAAGUUAAAGCCUGGACAAUUAGGGUAGCCGAAAGACUUUUUCAAAUCAGUAUCACUAUAUUAACAUUUUUGAAACAAUCCAGGAUUCAUCAAGAUUUUGAAAAAAGUUUCAUUCUCGCUGAAGUCAUGCGAUAUGAAGAUUUAAAAGAACUUGGGACCGAAACAGCAGUCAAAGCAGCAGGAAAAUAUAUGCAAAAAGGAAAGGAAUAUGUUGUAGAAGAUG